GACGUUCCUCGGGCGGCUACCAGAGGGCAGGGGGGUCGUACUUCUAAAAGUGUUCUGGGGCUCUCUGUUUCAAAGUACGACAGUUUAUAUGGUCCAAAAUGUCAUAUAACUACGUCGUGACGGCCCACAAGCCGACUGGCGUGUCUGCCUGCGCUACAGGCAACUUCACGUCACCGGAUGACAUCAACCUUAUCCUCGCCAAAAACACCCGCCUUGAGAUAUAUGUCGUCUCCCCAGAGGGCCUCAGACCUGUCAAAGAGAUCGGCAUCUAUGGGAGGAUCAGUAUUAUGAAGCUUUUCAGACCGCCGGGAGAGAAGAAAGACCUACUGUUCUUUCUGACGGCAAAGUACAAUGCAGCAAUACUGGAGUGUGUACAAUAUGGGGACAGCAUCGAAAUUAUAACCAAAGCCCAUGGCAACAUUGCUGACACAUUCUCGAGGCCAUCGGAGACGGGCAACAUUGGCAUCAUAGACCCUGAGUGCCGAGUUAUUGGCCUUCGACUGUAUGAUGGGCUCUUCAAGGUUAUUCCUUUGGACAGAGACAAUAGGGAACUGAAAGCGUUUAACAUCAGGAUGGAAGAGCUGACGGUGCAAGACAUGGAGUUCUUGCAUGGCUGCAAGACGCCCACCAUCGUGCUGCUGCAUCAGGACAGCCAGGCACGUCACAUGAAGACCUAUGAGGUGUCACUCAAGGACAAGGAGUUUGUGCGGGGUCCUUGGAAGCAGGACCAUGUGGAGAGCGAGGCCACCCUGGUGAUUGCUGUGCCAGAGCCCUUCUGCGGUGCGCUUGUCAUUGGCCAGGAGUCCAUCACUUAUCACAAUGGUGACCAGUACGUCGUCAUCACACCACAUCUCAUCCGACAGAGCACCAUUGUCUGCUAUGGAAAGGUGGACGCAAAUGGGUCCCGGUAUCUGCUGGGCGACAUGGCGGGUCGACUGUUCAUGCUGCUGCUGGAGCGGGAGGACAAGAUGGACGGCACCACGGCUGUCAAGGAUCUCAAGCUAGAGUUCCUGGGGGAAAUCACCAUCGCAGAGUGCAUCACCUACCUCGACAACGGCGUCGUGUAUGUUGGAUCCCGCCUUGGCGACUCGCAACUCAUCAAGCUCAACUCGGAGCGCAAUGAUCAGGGCUCAUACGUGGAGAUCAUGGAGGUGUUCACCAACUUGGGUCCCAUCGUAGACAUGUGCGUGGUGGACCUGGAGCGACAGGGGCAAGGCCAGCUGGUGACAUGCUCAGGGGCCUUCAAGGAAGGCUCCCUGCGCAUCAUCCGCAAUGGAAUUGGCAUCCACGAGCAUGCCAGCAUUGACCUGCCGGGCAUCAAGGGCAUGUGGCCCCUGCGGGUGGGGCCCCGCGCAGCACCCCAAGGGGGCGACGGCAAGGACCCUGGGGACAGCACCGAACGUGACAACACGCUUGUGCUCUCCUUUGUGCGCCAGACCAGGGUUCUCAUGCUGAGCGGCGAAGAAGUGGAAGAGACAGAGCUGGCUGGGUUCGACACGUCCCAACAGACUUUCUUCUGUGGCAAUGUUCGCAACAAGCAGCUUAUUCAGGUCACCGCAGCAGCUGUACGUCUUGUGGACAGCCAGACCAAGCAGCUGCUGAACGAGUGGAAGCCACCAGGUGGACGUAACAUUAGUGUCGUGACGUGCAACCAGAGCCAAAUAGUGUGCGCCGUUCGGAAGGAAGUCUUCUGCUUGGAAAUUGGCGAUGGUGUCCUGAAUCAGAUCAGUAACGCAGAGCUGGAAAAUGAGGUUGCCUGCCUGGACAUUACACCCCUUACGGAAGGGGCUGAAAAGUCAACAUUAUGUGCGGUGGGUCUCUGGACGGACAUCUCCAUUCGCAUCCUCAGUCUGCCCUCUCUUCAGCAACUUCAGAAGGAGAACAUUGGAGGCGAGAUAAUCCCAAGGUCGAUACUGAUCACAACAUUUGAAGGCAUUCACUAUCUCCUGUGUGCCCUUGGAGAUGGCUCUUUAUUCUACUUCCUACUUGAGGCCACAAAGGGUGCCCUUACGGACAGGAAAAAGGUUACCCUGGGCACACAGCCGACAGUCUUGAAGACGUUCAAGUCGCUCUCAACGAGCAACGUGUUUGCCUGCUCUGACCGACCCACAGUAAUUUAUUCGAGCAAUCACAAGCUGGUGUUUUCCAACGUGAAUCUCAAGGAGGUCAAUCACAUGUGCCCUCUCAACUCUGAGGGUUAUCCCGACAGCCUUGCCCUUGCCAAUGACAACACCCUCCUCAUUGGUACCAUUGAUGAGAUUCAGAAGCUCCACAUUCGAACUGUGCCUCUUGGGGAGCUGCCAAGGAGGAUUGCUUACCAGGAAGCAACGCAGACGUUUGGGAUUAUCACCAUUCGCAACGACAUCUUGGGCAGUAGUGGCCUAACACCUGUGAGGCCCAGUGCAAGCACACAGGCACAGAAUGUUACAUACAGCUCCAACAUGAGCUCUGUGUUCAAGCCUGGAGCAGUGAGCACAGCUAAUGACCAGCUUGGCCAAGAAGUUGAAGUUCACAAUCUCCUCAUCAUUGACCAGCACACCUUCGAAGUGUUACAUGCCCACCAGUUCAUGCAGACUGAGUAUGCGAUGAGCAUCGUGUCGACUCGACUGGGGAAUGAUCCCAACACCUACUACAUAGUUGGAACGGCAAAUGUGCUGCCUGACGAGUCGGACCCCAAGCAGGGUCGCAUAAUAGUCUUCCACUGGGUGGAUGGCAAGCUGGAACAGGUAGCGGAGCAGGAGAUCAAAGGAGCGCCUUACUCCAUGCUAGAGUUCAAUGGCAAGCUUCUGGCCUCUAUCAACAGCACAGUGCGGCUGUUUGAAUGGAAUGCGGAGAGGGAGCUGCGGAACGAGUGCAGCCACUUCAACAACAUCCUAGCACUCUACUUGCGUGCCAAGGGGGACUUUGUGCUCGUCGGCGAUCUCAUGCGAUCCAUGUGCUUGCUGGCGUACAAGCCCCUGGAGGGAAGCUUCGAGGAGAUUGCAAGAGACUACCAGACCAACUGGAUGACCUCUGUGGAGAUCUUGGAUGAUGACACUUUCCUCGGGGUAGAAUCUACGACAAAUUUGUUUGUUUGCCAGAAGGACAGUGCGGCCACAACUGAUGAAGAGCGGCAGCACCUGCAAGAAGUGGGGCAGUUCCAUCUUGGGGAGUUCGUCAACAUCUUCCGGCAUGGUUCGCUGGUUAUGCAGCAUCCUGGCGAGACAUCCUCGCCCACACAGGGCUCUGUGCUUUUUGGCACCGUCCAUGGAGCUAUUGGUCUUGUGGCCCAGCUGCCGUCAGACUUCUACACCUUCCUCCUUGAGGUCCAAGAAAAUCUUACAAAAGUGAUCAAGAGUGUGGGAAAAAUUGACCAUGCCUUCUGGCGGUCGCUUUCAACGGAGAGGAAGACAGAACAGGCAGUAGGUUUUAUAGAUGGCGACCUCAUCGAGAGCUUUCUUGACCUCAGUCGGGACAAGAUGCAGGAGGUUGUUCAAGGAAUUCAGAUGGACGACGGCAGUGGCAUGAAGAGGGAUGCUGGUGUGGACGACCUCAUCAAAAUCAUUGAAGAGCUGAGCCGUAUUCAUUGAGAGUGCUUGUGUGUGUGUGUGUAUGUUGUUUUUCGGGGCUUUCCCACGAACUGCGUCAUUUGCCCUCACUAGCUGCCAUGGUACUUCUAUCAUCACUAUUCAUCAUUCUUAAAACACAUCUGCGACCAUUAGAUCACACUUCGGUUUCCUCUCCCUUGAUGGCCUAAUUUAUGCCUUUCUUUUUUUGAAGUCCAUCUCCUCCCAAGCAGCUCAGUGCAUAAGAGUGCUAGUUUGCUGUAGGAGCAUUUUGCGUCCAGUUUGUUCACCUGACGAUGCAUGUGCUGGACCGCAAAUACAGGCUCGUCCACUUUUACAAGGAACGCAUUGUUGGUAUUCCACUAAUAAUGAUAGCAUGUCAGGUAUAACAAGAAAGCCACCAGACAUCUGUCUGCUGGAUUUCUUGUUAUAUUUUUAAUUAAUGUAAAUUCUUGUUACAUAUAUUUUUAUUAAUAUUCAAUUUGUUGUAAUUUCUGUUUAGUCUUUCAUAAGUCAGUAAAACUUUUAAGCUAUAUUGGGCUAUGUAUUGACUAGGUGUUUCCUCUAAUAGUGGGCAACUCUGUACUUUGUGGUAUGCAUCAGCUAGAAAACAGAUCACCUGCAAUCCCUGCAUGGCCCUUUGCGUUGGUCAUGUAGCUUGAUAGUUUUCAAAUGCAGUAAGGAAAUCAGUACGGAAAAGUAUUUGUGGAAGAAAGGAGCGUGUUGACAGCCAUUGCUACAUAACUUUGGAGGAAGAUGAAGAGCCGAUGCCACCAAGCUGACAAUUUCUGAAGUAUGUGUCAAAGCAGUUACAAAAGGAGUUUUUGAGGAAACUGGCACAGUUUGCCACUCUUUUUAAUGGGCAUUUGACUGAAGAAGCUGCAGCAGCUGCCAGUUUUGUAGUCCACUGGUAUCAUGCCAGUUUGCUUAAUUCUAAAAGCUUCUGCUCCAAGUAUAUGUCUGACACAAUUUUUGACUUCUGUGUGCACACCUCUCAAGCUUCACUCCACUAUGUUAUAUGUGGCUACUUGUGCAUCUCCCCACCUGUUGGGGGUGUCGCAGUGCAUAGUGUCCACUUACAGGUGAAUCCCGGGGUGAUUGGGUUUCGUUGAAGAUUGUCGUCUUCUUUUAUGAAGUGCUUGGAAGCCAUCAUGUUGUACUUGUGAUUCAGCAGAAGGCAAGUUGUGUGCCUUCUUGUCUUGCAACAUGGAUGUACAGUGCAUGAAGACCUUGCAUAGGACACUAGAAUAGCAGAGCAGAGCAAUCGAUAUGAAGCAGUGGCUAACUGGCCUUGAAGUACUAUUGCCCUUGCGUAUACAUGGCCUCGUGUGCCACUGCAGCCACACGUGACACGAGCCUUGCUUCUCGAGCCUGGCAGCCAUUGUCGGCUAUCAAAUUUUUUGCUGAAGAGCAAUGCGGCACUCGAAUGCUCUACACAACACAGUUGGGGCCUGUGCCACUCUAUGAAAAUUGCUUGCUCCCUGCUUUCUAUGUUGUCAACAUCAUUUCCUCUCUCACCACAUGAUUAGUGCGAGGAUGUGGGGUUAUAUUUAGGUGCCUAUUUUUUAAUGAAGCAAUACACUGUGCACCCAAGAUGUGCAAGAUUUUAUUUCAAAGCUGUGGCAAGGUGAUUAGACUAAAUUAACAUGUCUUGCCUUGAAACUUGUGUAGGUGAGUUUUGCGAGUUUGUAUAGGAAAGAUCAUACUCCAACUUGGGGUGAUGCCAAAUUGGAGAAAGAUAGCUCACUGCUUGAAAAUUAGGCUGUGCUAUAUUUAAAUUCUUGUUGUUAUGGUUGCAGCCUGCUUAAAUGUUUUGUCAUUGUUAUUGUAUUUCUAAACUUCCUAAAACCAAUAACGAAAACCUGCUGAGCUGGGCUGAGCACAAAGAGAAGCUUAGUGGACUUGUGUCAAAUUUGCUUCCCUUUGUCAGUGAAAAAGGUUUCCGUUGGCUUCAGUAAACAUUAUACAUGUUUAUUUCCCUUACCAUUUAGGAAAAUUAUUUACUUAAUAAAAACAUUCAUGGUAAAAGUUUGCCCCUAUUUGCUAUACCACUCAGUUUUGACAGCAAAUAAAAUCUGCAGAUGCAUCCACCUCAAGUCCAAGACUUCAGUAGCAGCUGCUGAAGUGUCUAUUUCAUAGGUUAACAUAAGGUUAAUAGCACAAGAAUUGUGCUUGGUUCUUGAACUAUCAUGCAAGUCGGGCCUUGCAAAGCAUUCUGUACCAGUGCUAAGCCUGUUGGCAGUACAAGCACUAAGAGAUGCAAAUUUUGUGCAACUGGGAAUCAGCAUGGAGCUCCUGUAUUUCGUAUAACUAUGCUGCAGAAAAUUCUUUGUCAUUAUGCACUGUAUCACUGUCAUAGUUCAGUUCCAUCACUGCCGAAAUAAUGUAUACAAGUUUGAUUUUGACAUUGAGAACAAAUAUGAGUAACGAAGGUUAGAGACUUGGACAUGCUGGUGGCUCACGUUAAAAUAAGAACAGAGCAAGAGACGGACAAUCGAAGAAAGACGCAUGGGCAGCGCUGUGUCUCUCUUUUCUUGUUUGUCCCUGUCUCUCAUGCUGUUAUUAUUUUAAAUGAGUAAACUACAUUUCUGUGGCAGCUGGAGCAAGUUACGUUUAACAUCAGUUUCUGUUCUUAAUGUUGCACUCAUUUAUUUUUAUAUUUUGGCAUGCACUUCGUUUGUUUCUCUUUAACAUCCUAUACUCCAUCGACCUGCGCUGUGCAGUGUAUAAUUUAUGGCAUGUUAGGCUUCACUUUGGCAAAUGUAUGCACGGUGGUGUUGCAUCAUUGCUUAAGGUCUUGGCUUUUAAUGAUGUUUAAGUGAGCCCCACUUACCAGUCAAAGUAAUGGCCUAUCAAAAUAAAUUACAAAGCAUUUGUUUGGAAUGCACACAUGCUAUUUGUGAAGGUGCAGAUUGGCGCAGAGCUGCAAUUUUCCCACUUUGUAAACAAGAGCAUUUGUACAGAUUCGUUUUCCUACUGUGCUUUUUAUUCUUUCUGCUUGUGUUGUGUUCUCUUUCAGCUUGCACAGACUUGUGGAGAGUUAAAGAAUAAAGGUUUAUAUGUUGAAAUAAUUCA